AUGGCGCGAAGCUUCCGAGAGCUGUCGUCAAUGUCGACACUCGUGUUCGUGUCACUGCUGGUGCUAUCCUCCUCGACCGACGCGUUGAGGCCGUUUGACAGAAUGCGGCCAAGUGCAAGCGAGAGCCAACGAGCGACAACCUCCGUCAAGGGAGAGCCGCUAAAGACAGUCUACAUCGUCCGCUUCCACGCCAUGCCCCCCGCGGCCACGUACACGGGCGGAAUCCUCGGCUUCCCCGCAACCGCUGCGCCGAUGGACGACUCGGAGGAGGGGCUAAUCGCCAGCGCGGCUUCCGCGGGGUCGGGGGGAGCCGGCGGGCUGCGCCGCGCGUUCGACGCGUCGCAGCCGCACGUGCGCGCGUACGCGGCGCACCUGGUGCGCAUGCACAGGACGGUGCUGGCGGAAGCGGGGGUCGAUAGCAGCGCGCACGUGUACAGCUACACAUGCGCUCUCAACGGCGUGGCAGCAACGCUCACUCCGCAGCAAGUGGAGAUCCUCAAGAGACGGCCAGAAGUGGGGUCCGUGAGGGAGGCGCCUAAGUACGAGCUGCACACGACGUUCACGCCCACGUUCCUGAACCUGCGCAAGCGCGUGUGGAGCAACGAGACGCUCCAGAACGGGCAGAAGGGCGCGGGGCAGCAGGGCGAGGACGUGAUUAUCGGCGUGAUCGACACGGGGGUCUGGCGGGAGAACCCUGCUUUCAGCGACGAUGUCACCCCGCCCUACGGUCCAGUGCCAGCGCAGUGGAAGGGGUCGUGCAUGACGUCAGCGGACUUCCCCAGCUGCAACCGCAAGCUGAUUGGCGCGAGGGGGUUCUUCCAGGGGCUCAAGGCGGGGGGGUACACCAUGGACUGGACCAUUGACUACAAGUCCGCGAGGGAUGUGGCGGGGCAUGGGACACAUACCACCAGGUACGGGUGUAAGUCAGUGCAGGGGCUCGAGGCGUCGGGGUACACCAUGGACUGGACCAUUGACUACAAGUCCGCGAGGGAUGUGGCGGGGCAUGGGACACAUACCACCAGGUACGGGUGUAAGUCAGUGCAGGGGCUCGAGGCGUCGGGGUAUACCAUGGACUGGACCAUUGACUACAAGUCCGCGAGGGAUGUGGCGGGGCAUGGGACACAUACCACCAGCACGGCGGGCGGCAACGGUGGUGUGGCAGUGACGCUGAAUGGAGUCUCGUUUGGGACAGCCAGUGGCAUGGCGCCACGUGCACGCGUCGCUAUGUAUAAGGUCUUCUGGGCGACGGAGGAGAACGGGAGGGACAACUGUGACGGGUCGGACAUUCUCAAGGCGGUCGAUGCAGCCGUGGCAGACGGGGUGGACGUGAUCAGCCUGUCCGUGGGCCGCCAGGCUCCUCUGUUCUUCGAUGACGAUGAGAUGAUCUACCUCAAUGCAGCCAGGGCAGGCGUGCUGGCGUCAGUAUCAGCGGGCAACAGCGGCCCCACCACCAUCGGAGGCCAGUUCUUCCGCAGCAUCGGGCACCCGUCCCCGUGGAUGAUCACCGUUGCUGCCAGCUCCCACGGCCGCAACUACAUGACGGAUGUGACUGUGAAUGGGGAGAAGUUCUCAGGGCGAUCCAUGGUGGGGACGGGCGCGGGGGAGCUCAUUCUGGGGAGGAACGGCGUGAAGGCUGGGGGCAAUUCCUGGAUGGCCGGUGUGUGUGCGUCAGGCACCCUCGACCCAGCCAAGGUGUCGGGGAAGAUCGUCGUGUGUCGUCGCAUGUCCCAAUACGGCGGGUGGAGCUCGGAGGAUCUCCUCCCUAUAAGCAUCACCGUUAAGAAGGCUGGCGCUGCUGGUGUGAUUAUAUACAACACGGAUAAGGCGGAUCGCGUGGUGGCUGUGCUUCACCCAAUCCCUGCCUGCCACCUGGACCGGUACACUGGCAAGCGGCUCGUGAAGCUUCUGGGAAAUUCUACAGGAAUAAAAGCCACCAUAUCGGCCUUGUACAUGAAGCAGCUGGCGGCGCCCACCGUCACGUCCUUCUCCUCCACGGGCCCCAACGUCGACCCCGUGUUGGACGCCCAGGAGGGCGGCAAGUACUCCUUCGGAUACAACGACAUCUUAAAGCCCGACAUCACCGCACCGGGACUCGAGGUGUGGGCUGGGUGGACCCAGUCGCCCUUCCAGGAGCCUUAUGGGAUUGCUUCAGGCGUUGUCCCUGCUGCCUCCAUGUCCCACCUCUUGAUUAGUGGGACCUCCAUGUCCUGCCCACACAUCUCCGGCCUCGCCGCAAUUAUCAAGGGGAAAUACCCCAACUGGUCGCCCUUUGCCCUGAAAUCCGCGCUCAUGACCACGGCGUACACCCAAAACAACCGGAACAAGCCCAUUUAUUCCGCAGGGCAGCUACGAGCGGCAGACCCCUUUGAUUACGGCACGGGGCAUGUCAACACGAUUAAAGCCCUGGAUCCCGGGCUAGUGUACGACUCUACAGUGCUGGAGAAUGUGAGGUUCCUUAUAGCGGUGGAUAGUGCGGAUGCGAAGCAAACGUCGGCGUACUGGGCGGUUGACAAGGACAAAAGGACGCCGCUGAACCAUCCGUGA